AUGCGCCCAGGCCCGGCCGGCGGCGGCAUCUGGGGCAGCUGGGACAUACCCUUUGCCGGCAGCUGGCCCGGCAGCUGGCUCGGCGGGCCUGGGCGCAAGGCGGCGCCGCCGCCGCCGCUGUCCCUGCCGUCGCCGAGCGCGACCAAGAUGCCACGUAGCAGCAGCACCAGCAGCGCCGGGCUCGAGGACCCCUACGGUGUCGGCGGCACGUGGCUGCGCGUCGUCUGCUUCAUCGACUACAAUGACUUUUUCGCCUACAACUUCCCUGCCGAGCCCGAGACGGCACUGGCGCCGGGGGAGCCGCGGGCGCCGCUCGAGGUCGAGGAGGCGACGCGCCUCAUCAUUGUCAAGAUUCGCGUCGUCGGCAUCGAGCCGCCGGGCGAGGCCGACGGACAGGCGCUGCCGGUUGUGCGGUUUGAGGGCACGUCGAGGGCGGUGGACGACUCGUGGGAUGACAAUGCCGACUCGGACAUCCGAGUCAAAGGCACGGUCCGUCUGACGCGCGAGGGCGAGGUCCGCUGGACGUCGUUCAGCGUCUUCAACGGCCACGAGCGGUGGCGCAGCGAGAGCGUGCAGGUGGGCGGCGUGCGGGCGGCGGGCGGCGUCGUGGGCCACUGGUUCGACGCCAACUAUGACGAGCACGGGCCCGUGGGACCGACGGCGUUUUGGAAGAUGGCCGACCCGCGCAUCGACGCCGACGGGCAGGAAGAGACGACGAUCCUCGCCGAGGACUUUAUCGGGCUCGUCGACGGGUUUCUCGGCGACAGCGACUCGGAGUGGGAUGAGGACUAUGUCGUCGGCGAGUGGGGCGAGGACGACGACGACGAGGACGAGGACGACGACGAGGGCGAGGAAGCCGACGAGGCGGACGAUGCCGAGGUCGAGGAGGAGGUGGGCUUUCUCUUACAGCCCAUGGAUCUCCUGUCUGGCACGACGCCGGGCGCGGCAGAGCAGCAGCAGCAGCAGGAGGAGGAGGAGGGGGUUGGUGACCCUGACGAGUUUGCGCGGCCCCAUGAUUCUCACGCGCCCAACGGGCCGAACGGGCAUGCAUCAUGA